AUGUCGUAUAUGCAGCCUCACAUUGGUAUUUUUAGUGCAGCUCCGUUUUUUUAUUCACAACAGCCCAGUCAACCAACCUUUAUUAGUUCUCUACCUGAAACCAGGUUAAAUGGGUCAUUUCAGAAUACGAAAAACAAUAACUCUGUAACCCAAACAAUAGAGACUAAGCAAACUGUGGUUGAUAGGGAGAUCAUAGUUUUAUCUUCAGAUUCUGAAUCAGAUACUGAAACUAGAAGUCCUGUUGUGUCUAGAAAAGCGAAAGGUAAAGAAAAAGCAGAUGUUGUUGAUAUUAAUAAAAAUUUGGAGGAUUCCGCAUCUAUUAUAGUAGAUCAAACUCAAACUUCAAAUAUGGAUCUUAUGCCAAAUGCUACUUCAACAUUCACGCGUAAAAAUAGAGCUUGUACUAGCAAAAAUCUUCUUGAUGGUUAUGAUUUAAUGUCAAAUAUGGAAAACCUUUCAUUCUUCCAAAUGGUUAACCCGGUUAGGGUUUUUUUGUAUAUAUUGGAAGAUCAUAAUACCAUUGUUGAGUUAUUUGACAUCAUAGUCGACUUUGCUCGAAUUUAUCUUGAGAUUUAUCGUGAAGAUAAUCGAAAUGUUUUAAACUUAUACGAUCCUCAAACUCUUAUUCCUGAUUUGAUCUAUUGCUUAAAGUCAAAAAUGAAAGUUAAUUUCUACGUGAAUACAUCGGAAAGAUUUAAGAAGGUCGAACUGCUUGCGCGAAAGGCUAUUGAAGUAAUUGAACAAUUAAAAGAAACAGGUUGA